AUGCAACCAGCAAGGAUUAUGGAUCCGAAAGAGAAGCCAGAGGCAACCAGCAGUCCACCACCACCACGGCUGGACUGCAUAAAAUGCUUUGAUAUGCUCUGGUUCUGCUACUCGCCAUUCCACCAGAUGCAGAACUAUUACCGGCAUGGGGAGUUCGACAACUGCUUCGGCAAGUGGGGCGAUCUUGUGGACUGCCUCACUCUCAAGACAAAGCGGGCGGCAGAGGUGGAGGAGAUCCUCAUCGCGCGGGAGAAGGCCAAGCCACAUAUCUGGACCUACCGGACGGUCGAUGAAGCAUCGGAGAAUUGGUGGCGGAUGUACAAGCAUUUUGUGAUGCUGUCACGACCACUGUCAAGUUCUGCACAGCUUCGUCCCAAGUCUAAUGAAUCUUGA